CAGAAUGCCUGAGGGUGAUAUCAACAAUAACACGUCAGUACGUGGCUAAGCAAAAUUGGUUAACGUUAUUUCUCUUAUUACGAUAGCCUACUUGCCUAAUUUUGUAAUUCGAACUGUCAUCUUAUCUCUAGGAGAUAUAUUUUAGAUGUCUACUACAGAAGAGGUAACUGGCAAUAUUUCUUUGUCCACCAAAAUGAUUUCGCUCAAUAGUCCAGCCGCCAAAGAAUGGCUCAACCAUCGUCGACAAUCUGUGAGGCCAUGGAGUGAUUUUGUCAAUACAAAAAAUUUCAACACACCGAAAGGAGUAAAAGGCUGGUCAGCUCGUGCUGUGAAAAAUGUUGAACACUAUCAAACCAAUUAUUUGUUCGUAUUCAUCGGACUGAUAAUUUAUUGCAUAGUCACUUCACCACUUAUGCUGAUUGCAAUUGCUGUUUUCCUUGGCGCCUGCUAUCUUAUUCAUAUUAAGAACGAACAGCAGAAAAUAAAGUUUUUGGACAUGAAUUAUCAUAUGCACACCAAUACGGAAUUGCUGCUGCUUUGUCAUUUCCUUUGUUUUUUAUUGCUGGAGCUGGAUCAGCUGUAUUUUGGGUUCUUGGGGUUUCAUUUUUUCUUGUCGCACUUCAUGCCUCUUUUCAUAUUUCACCGGAAGAAGCUGCAAAGCCAGAAGAACCUUUUAUGGAAACUGUGUAAAAUGAUCUGUGAAAUUUACCAUGCUUUUAAUGUUAUUUAAAACUUUUGAGAUAAAUUAGUUUUAUUUAUCUCUGUAUUAUUUAUAAAUUCGUUAGUUCAUUUCACAUCAGGAAAAAUCUGUGUUACACAAAAUGUAUUUGAGCCUUAUGAAGCAUUUUUUACAGUGGCUUUUGUCAUUGAUUGUAUUCCUAUAGAAAUUUACUGAUACCAGUUUCUGACCAUGUGUUCUUAUUUGUGAUAACUUUAUUUAUUGAAUGCUGUCGGAUUGCAUUUCUUCUGUGUAGCCAGGUUAAACUACAAACUUGGGAGCUGUUAAAAAUGAAUUCUAGCUCCAGGUUGAAGAAAGUUUGGCUUUUGACCUCUAAAAUUGGUGGCGUAACCUUCUUUAAUUAUCUGCCAAAUGCUUGGUCUCAUGAUGUUUUUUUCUGUGAGGAAUUUUGACGUGCUCACCAGCUCACAUUCCAUAUCUGAAAUUGCAGUCUCCAUGAAUUUGGAGUUUUUAGAGUUGGAGUUUAGCUCAGGAGGGUUUGAAAUAGGACUCUGUUUUUGUCGUAUUAAUAAAAAGAUGCCAAAUACGACUCCUCUGCCCUGAAAUCUACAAAACUAAAGUAAAUAGCGUUCAAAUUUCAUUGAAUAUUGGAGCCCAAUCUUGCUUGUACCUUUCUCCCAUGAAGAUGAAAUAGAAGUAAAUCGUGCAAUCGGGUGCAAAUCAAAUGACUACUAGUGUAAUAUUUUCAUAUGGUGAGCAAUAGAAUAUCGUUGGGGUGACGUUUUAAAUAUUUCAUUGUAAAUUAUCAUUUGACGGGACGGAAUAAAUGGUGCUUUAUGUAUU